AUGUCGCGGUUCUAUUCUGCCCGGUUCUAUUAUGUCGCGGUUCUAUUCUGCCCGGUUCUAUUAUGUUAGACCGCCUUUUGUUUUUCUUCUUUCUAAGACGAAUCACUCUCGUUCUCUUCGUCGCAUUCACUUCCCUAUUACACUCUUUGCUUUUCUUCCUCUUCUUGCAAAUGCCGUCGGUCCGUGACAAAUGCAGAACGACGGUUCAAGAAUUUCGGCGAGCCGAUUCGAUUCCGGAAAAGCUGACAGUGUUCCGAAGGUUAUGGGCGUCUUUUAUAGAACUUUGUCGGUGGCUGACCUAGUUUUGAUGAGUCAUGCGGCCAUCCAAACCAAUGGCACAGCGGGUGGAUCUCGCCGGAAUGAUGUGUUUCUCAGCACUUGACCUGGCAAGAAAUGUGACGCCCUAAGGGCAUCUACAUGACGACCCAUUUCACUAAGUGAAUCCCAAGCACCUAGUGGUCCCUCGAGGAAGGUUCUUGCCACAGGUGCGCCCCAGGCUAGCUACUUUCGUCAGUUUUUCAGCCCGGAAUUCGGUAGCCGUCGCGGGAGUCUUCUUCAUCUUCCUCUACCUCAUCAUCAUCGAAUCCUGGUACUUUGGCGUGUGCGGGAAUGGCAUUGAGAGCAUGCACAUUUGCCUGUGGCUCAUCGUGCUCGGAAUCGUCAUGUUCAUGUGUGCCCUCUACUUGCCGUUCUACAGAAUCGGGGUAAGCGAAGUAAAAUGAAACACUGUUCAUCUGACAAUAUAUUGUCAGAAGUAA